AAUUUAUGCGCCUGUCUCUCUAAUGAUUCUCUCUUUCUCUCUCUAAUCGUUUAUCGUGGCCGCCGUAAAUUUAUACGCGCGAGAAUGCUCAAUCGAGACUCGUUCGAUUUCAAUCAGAAAGCGGUGAUUACGUUGUAGAAAUGGAAAGUGCAAGGAAUACGGAUGGCGUUUCUUCAAAUGAUCGUAAAGGGAUUCUCGAGAUCUCUAAUCUGGCUUCCAGCGGCCGCGGACCCGACUCACCCCUCAGCUCGGAUCUGGCGCUCGACAAGCCUCGCCCCAUACCAUCUCCUCGACAAAUCCACCCUCUGUACGGGGAAAAGGCCGGGCUUUUGGGUUAUUGCGAUACGGUCGGUAACACGGAGAAUUUUCCACCAGCCCCCAAUAUCGUAGUCGAGGGUGGUAGAAUCGAGUUUGUGCGCCCUUCGCAAGAUGGCACAACGACACCCCGAAGAAACACCAUGUCCAGAGCGUCGCAGACCUUCAUCGAGCAGCCGGAGAAGUCGGAUCCCGCCAAGGAGAGCUUGGAAGAGCGAGUGCAAGAGUUGGAGCAAGCGUUGCUGGCGGAACGUAUCGCGGCUCAACGAGACCGAGCGACGAUCACAAAAUUGCAGCGGCAGAUUAACAAGAGGGAGGCUACGCAACGAGAUGUGGAACGAGAACGCCGGCAACGAAUGGAGGCCGAAGCUCGGGUACGCGAAGCUACGGCUGAAGCUGAAAGAGCACGCUCGAGGGUCCAUCAUCUUCAGAGAGAGCUGGCCAGGAUGGAGGAGUCGGCGCGGAGUCUGCUGCAACAAAAGCACCGGGCCGAACAGCUGAAGCAAGAGAAAACGGCACUCACGCUUUCCUACGAGGCACGCGUGCACCAGUACCAGGCGCAGAUAUCGAAGCUGCAGCUGGAGAACGAGUCGAUGCGAGGUCAGCUACGCGGUCUCGAGGCAGCGUGCGCCGGUGAAGUGCAUGCCGCGCUCGUGGCACGUCUCGCGACCCUGGAGACGGAGCACGCGGCCCUGGCGCGAGACGCCGACGCCCAGCGUCGGCAAUACGAGCGGUGCCUGGACGACGUCGCCAACCAGGUGGUCCGCGCUCUCCUAUCCCAAAAGGGGCUCAGAGAAGAAAUAGGCGCAUUGCAAAGACGUAUACGAGAGCUCGAGGCUCAAAACCGAGCGUUAUCGGGACUCUUGGCGCAGGCUGCCAGUCCCGGAAGUCCCACCGAACUCAUUCAAGGAAUUCUUGAAGCCGGUCCAGCCGCCCUGGUCGCCGCUUUGGGCUUGGACCCCUCUUGGGUUCCUCUGUCGAGGCCCCGUUCCCUUAACUUGCAGAUACCCGUAAUGGCGGCCACCAAGUGCCGACGCAACAGACCUCUUGCGCAAAAACCCUCGGAGGAGGAGGGCAGCGAGAGCCCGGAGAGCGGUAAUCGCGACGAGGGCUACUCGACGAUGUCGAGCGACGUUCAGGGCGAGGGAACCCGUCAGGAGCCGUCCGCGCGCGGCCUUGAGGACCUGAAGGAGGCGACCGACGAGACCGAGGCCGACGUCUCGCCGGACGCGCGUCUCGUCGCUCUCGACGCCGGUGAUCCGGACGUUCUCUUCCUACCUCUGAAUCUCACGGUGGGCAUCAAUCCGCGCCACAGCUACCCGCCUACCAAGGAUCUGCUGCCGUAUCAGCACGUGAUGCGCAGCUUCUCCGACAGUCACCUCUGCCUCAAACUCACCACCACCGCCAAUUUCACGCCGUAUAAGCUGCCCAGUCCCAUGGGCUCGUCCUCCCUUCUGCUGGUCGAGGAGGAGGGCUGGGACGCCGAGUACGUUCAACAAUGGCUCAGGCUCGAUGACAGUAGAAGCGCGCAACAGCAUCGGGACCUGCUUGAAUUGGAGUACGACAGAGCGGAGCUGGAGGAUUGGAGCUUCUCCCUGUCCACGGAGGACCUCGUACAAAAUGAAUCCGCAAUGUGGAAGGAGCAACCGACCGCUACAAACACGCCCGCUCUGCCGGCAAUCAAGGAGCAUAAUCUCCUGGAAUUGGAGGAGGACGCGAACGAGUGUCUGUGGAACGGCGCGAGCUAUCUCGCCGAUAGAACCGGGGGAGAGCUGGUCGCGCUUUUAAUGGACGCGAGAGCGACCGGACCCUGGCCAUACGCCUCGAGUCCUGGUGCGUCCUGGAGCAGCGAGGAGGGAGCCUUGGAAAAUUCGAGCAAGCGUUCAUCGGCGGCGCUGUCCGGCUGCAGCGACGAUCCUGAUACUCCGUCAAUCGGCACCGACUUUACCAGGGACUUUUAUCGGCUAGUAAAGUUCGAGAGCACCAAAAGCUUGGCUAGCACGUCGUCCAGGAGCGGCAGACCGCCGCCGGAUAGAGAACAAGCGCUUCAAAGCGUCCUGUCCUUUAUCGCCGAACAACAAAUGUACCUCGCGGAAUUACCGAACAAUCCCGUGGAACCGCACAACGUGUCUCAUUCGGCCGAAGUUAUAGAAGUGGGCACUAGUAAAAGUGAUUCUGCGGGAGAAGCCAUGGUCACGGAAGUGGAAGGAUUGUGCGCUCAAGAGAGCAGCAGCAAUUCCGGAAACGCGAUCGAAACGAGCAGCAACGACGAGCUACUUGAUCAGAUACAGGUACCACCGUUGGCACCUGAGGAGAGGAUCGUAAGUGCCGUCUCGUGUAAUGGCGGUAUCUCUUAUACGACGGUAGCACCAUCGGAAUUGGGAGCUGUUCCCGAGGAAGAUGAAGAAGUUGCGACUUCCUCUACGCCCAGUACGGUUGUCAGCCCGGCGCGAGCGACUCUUCUCGUGGAGGGUAGGGAUCGAACAUUAAGUUUUCACGAACGCGCCACGUCCAAAGAUGUUAUAGACGAACUGAAUCGUAUGAUUCGGAAAGGCGAGGAUCACGCUAUCACUAAUGACUCGCAGGUAGUACUGGAGAAACUGGAUCUCGCUUGCUGCUGUCCGACAGGAUGGGUUCACGUUGAACGCGACAUUGACUUCACCGACCCUAAAGCCAGAGCCAAUCUCUUAGAUGUGAUGUUAGCAAGCAGCGAAAGUUCCUCGGCGACAUCGAGCAGCGGUUCGGCGGGCAGCGACUCGGGGGAUGAACCACCUGACUACCGCCACUUGCAUAGAUUACAUCGAUACCGUCGACAAAAGAAAGAUGGUAGCUCCUACGCGGUGUGCUUUGAUUGUCACAAGAAAAGCUACGUAGUUCGGCUUAGUGACGAUCAAUUUCUAUAAAAGCGACAUGACCAAUUGGGAGGAAUACAUUGCCGCGCCGGGGAGCCUAUUUCGGCCUGAACUGAACCAGUGUACGCCCACAACGGACUUAUACUAUUGGUUUAUACUAACUAAAGAAUUAUUAAAGAAAACGUUCCUGGCGUAGUGCCUUCACGCAAUUCCAUCUCUCUUCGUCUCGCUUACGUAUAUUUGCGUAACCUAUUUGGCACAUACAUUACCGUCCGAAAGUCUUGGACAAGUUACAAGAGUGUAUUAAGUAUAAAAGCUUGAUCAUAUAUAUAUAUAUAUAUAUAUAUAUAUAUAUAGAGAGAGAGAGAGAGAGAGAGAGAGAGAGAAAAUCAAAUAGAAAGAUGUAUAAAUCAAAUGGCAAAAAAGAAGAUUGUGUAUAAUCAAAUAUAAUGCAAUUAUUUAAAUAUAUUAUCUAGUUUUAUGGAUGAUAAUCAAAGAUGUAUAAUUAUCUUUCUAGAGAAGUGUAAACAUACAUAUAUACAAUUUAAAAUAUCCAAAGACUUUUAGACGAGAAUGCAAGUUGGUGUGCAAAUGUAUUUAAUGUCUUUCCAAAAUGAAAAAAGUGCGUAUAGUAACGGUACAAUAUAUAAAACAAAUACAAACGUCAUGUGUACUAUAAAAUGGAAUAAAUUAUCGCGCAUGGAAUUGCGUCAGGGUAGAUCGAGAAUAAUUACUUUCUCUCUCAUUGUACUGCGAGCGAAUCGACAAUUUCUAAAUCUUAUUGGCAUGUGCAAGACCGUUUCAACAUUUUUCAUCUUCCUUUCUGACUGCUUUAUCAUUUCAUCAUACAUCUGCCUAUAUUUCAUCAUUAAUCUCGCCGCACUGUCGAUCAUGUUUAAUUACAUAUGUGCGAGUCUAAUUAAUUUAUUAUUAUUUUCGAGCGAAUCAUAUUAUAAAGUAAAUCAGAUAAAUAGCGUGCGAUUAUAUUUAACAAAUAAUUUUGUCAGAAAUUAAUUAUAUGCAACAAAUUUUAGAAUUUGUUAAUCCUCCAAAUUAAUAUUACAUAUAGAUAUAAAAAAUAUAUAUAAUUAUAUUUUAGCUUUAGUUUGAUUAUUUAGCAAAACUACUUAAAUUACCAUGUUUCAACUUAUUUUAGAAAAUUUGUGACAAUUUUAAAUUAAAAUAAAAAAGAAAUUUUUUGCACGCACAAUUUGUCCGAUUUACAUUAUAUGCAUCAUCCAUUCGGUCGUGCACCCGCCAAAUGCCUAAAUUCCGAAUUUAAAAAAGUCCACGAAAGAAAGAGGUGUAACCGGUGCGGUGAAACGACGGUGGAAAGCGGAGAGAUGAUAGGCGAUAUAUAUACAAACGGAUAGAGGAGACGUGAAAAAGAGAAAGGAGGAAAAGAAAAAAAAAAGAAAGGAAGGGAGAGAGGGUGAGAGAGAGAAAGAGAGAGAGGGAGACGUGAAUACGUGAAAGAGAGUGCUAAGCCGAGCUACUCUGUGUCUGCUAGAGCCGGUAUAGAGAGAAGAGAGAAAGAGAAAGAGCGCAAAAUCGAGUCGAUCGAGUGAAGUCUGAGAGCAGCAUCUGUUGACCCGCUGCUGU